CUAGUGGUCGCCAUUUUGUUUAUUUUCCUUAAGAAGCAAUAUAAUCGUGUCUUGUGUGCGAGCGGAGGGUGCGUUGCAAAUAAAAAUUAAUAUCUGCAGGACAAGAAUAAUAUAUGGUUGGGUGGAUUCCCCUGGAAACAGGGGUGGAAAACGGCAGCAGACAUUGGGCGCAUCGCGAGCAAGCACGUUAAAGUGACUGUAUCCGGUAAAAACAGUCUUCACAGCAGCAGUCAGCCUGCCAAAACUUGCUCGGCCACCCUGAAGAAAUCCAAACCUACCGAGACCGCGUCCAGCGAGACGAUGAACCACACUAACGACAAGGAAAUGGUUAAGGACGAGGUAGAAGCAAUGGACACACAGGAAGCUGAUCCCGUGCAAGUAUUGCCUGCAGACGGUGGUGGCAUCGAGUCCGACAACCAGUCGGUCAACGGAGAGCCCCAGUUCCCUUCGGCAGGGUCGCAGGACGCCGAUAUGGAAGAGAUUGACGAGGCCAGAUCCGAGGCCACCUUCCAGUUCACAGUGACAAACUUCUCGAAACUAAAGGACUCGCAACUCUCACCACCAUGCUUUGUGAGGAACUUGCCGUGGAAAAUUAUGGUGAUGCCGAGGUACGGACCUCCGCAAGAGAGGCAGCAGCAGAGAAGCCUUGGCUUUUUCCUGCAGUGCAAUGGAGAGUCUGAAUCGUCGUCCUGGAACUGUUAUGCAGUAGCCGAGUUGAGACUUUUGAGCCAGCGGGAGGGCGGAGAACCAUUUUGCAGAAGUAUGAUUUCCACGCGUUUAUCUAGAUUGUCUCUAAUCGCAGGCGUUGUUGCAGACAUCAAGCAUCUGUUUUACAGUAAGGAAAAUGACUGGGGCUUUAGUCAUUUUAUGACGUGGAAUGACGUGCUGGAUCCUGAAAAAGGGUACAUCAAAGAUGACAGCAUAGUAUUGGAGGUGCACGUCCAGGCUGAUGCGCCACACGGCGUGUCGUGGGAUUCCAAGAAACACACUGGCUAUGUCGGCCUGAAAAACCAAGGCGCUACGUGUUACAUGAACUCCCUCCUGCAAACCCUCUACUUUACAAAUCAGCUCAGAAAGGCUGUGUACAAGAUGCCAACAGAGAGCGAUGACUCGACCAAGAGCGUGGCUCUUGCUCUGCAACGAGUUUUCCACGAACUGCAGUUUUCUGAUAAACCUGUAGGAACCAAGAAACUAACCAAGUCAUUUGGAUGGGAAACGCUUGAUUCGUUCAUGCAACACGAUGUGCAAGAGUUCUUGCGAGUUCUUUUGGACAAACUUGAGAGCAAGAUGAAGGGAACCUGCGUUGAAGGAACUGUGCCCAAACUGUUUGAGGGGAAAAUGGUGUCGUACAUCCAUUGCAAAAAUGUGGAAUACAAAUCAACCAGGCAUGAAACCUACUAUGAUAUCCAACUGAAUAUCAAAGGAAAGAAAAACAUCGACGAGUCCUUCAAAGACUACAUCACUACUGAAGUACUGGACGGCGAAAACAAGUAUGACGCGGGAGACCAUGGUCUGCAGGAUGCAGAGAAGGGAGUCAUCUUUGCCUCAUUCCCGCCAGUCCUUCACCUGCAUUUGAUGAGAUUCCAGUACGACCCUGUCACCGACUGCUCUGUCAAAUUCAAUGACAGAUUCGAGUUCUACGAAAAACUGAAUCUGGAUGGCUUUUUGAACGAGCCAGAGUCGACUCCUGCUAAUUACACCCUGCAUGCUGUGCUCGUCCACAGUGGUGACAAUCAUGGAGGUCAUUAUGUAGUCUUCAUAAAUCCUAAGGGAGACGGCAAAUGGUGCAAGUUUGAUGAUGAUGUCGUAUCGAGGUGCACAAAACAAGAGGCCAUUGAGAACAACUACGGCGGCCAAGAUGACGACAUGAACAUGACUGUAAAGCACUGCACCAACGCUUACAUGUUGGUAUACAUCAGAGACUCCGAGCUCAAGAAUGUUCUGCAGAAAGUAGCCGAGGAAGAUAUCCCGCAAGAGUUGUGUGACCGUCUGCAAGAGGAAAAGAGGUUGGAGCAGGCAAGGCGGAAGGAACGCACUGAAGCCCACCUUUACAUGAACGUCCAUGUGCUGCUCGAAGACAGCUUCGAAGGCCACCAAGGAAACGAUCUUUUUGAUCCAGACAAAGCCCCUUUUAAGAUAUUCAAAGUUAAGAGACAAAUGACUUUGGAGCAGUUAGUGGAUCACCUUGCCGAGAGCUUGAAAUACCCCAAAGCGCAAAUCAGACCAUGGCCAUUUGCAUUCAGGACGAACGAGACCAACCGGCCAACGUUCAUCGACUUGGAGGGAGACGCAAACAAACCAAUCAUCGAGUUGGCAGAAAACAACUCCACAUGGAACAUCUUCCUGGAGACACUGAAACCAGACUCUGAUCUUCCUGCGCUCCACUCGUUUGAUAAGGAUUCAGAUGUCUUGCUCUUUUUCAAACUGUACGAUCCUAAAACCAAGCAGAUUCGCUAUUGCGGCCAUCAGUACAUGCCUGUUGCAGCUAAAGUUGUUGACCUUGUGCCCAUAUUGAAUGAGAGAGCUGGCUUUCCUCAAGGCACUGAGCUUUUGCUCUACGAAGAGAUCAAGCCUAACACCAUCGAGAGGAUCAUGAACAUGACUGAUCCCCUUGAGAAGGGUCUCGAUGAGCUAAUGGAUGGAGACAUCAUUGUUUUCCAAAAAGAUGAGCAUGAGGAAUCGUCAGAUCUUCCCACCUGUAAAGACUACUUUAGGGAUUUCUAUUAUCGAGUUGAAGUUACAUUCUGUGAUAAGGCUAUUCCAAAUGAUCCGGGUUUCACAUUAGGCUUGUCUCAUCGCAUCAGCUACGACCAGUUGGCUGACUGUGUUGCUCAGAGACUAGGAACAGAACCCUCACUCCUGCAGUUCUUCAAAUCUCAAAACUACAAGGACAGUCCUGGACAUCCCCUGCGAUGCUCAUUUGAUGGAACUCUGAAGGAUCUCUUGCUCUAUGCAAAGCCCAAACAGCCCAAGAAGAUUUUCUACCAGCAACUUAAUAUUCCAAUUAACGAGCUGGAAAACAAGAAGCAGUUCAAGUGCAUUUGGGUUAGCCCCAAGCUGAAGGAAGAGAAGGAGUUGACCUUGUACCCAUGCAAGAAGGGCAAAGUUUUCGACCUGCUGCAGGAAGCAAGCAAGGAGGUUGAGCUAGCAGAGAACGGCACUGGACAGUUGAGGCUUUUCGAGAUGUCGUGCUUUAAGAUUUCAUACUGCCCAGGUGAGGAAGUGCCCCUGGAGCACCUCAACCAAACCACCAACAAGACGUACAGAAUAGAAGAGAUCCCAGCUGAUGAGAUCCAACUUGCUGAUGAAGAAGUUCUGGUGCCAGUCGCGCACUUCUCAAAGGAUGUCUAUGCCACUUUCGGAACUCCCUUUGUCGUUAAAAUCAAAUAUGGUGAUCCCUUCUCAAAAGUUAAGGAGAGGAUACAGAAAAAGUUAGGACUACCAGAAAAGGAAUUUGAAAGAAUCAAAUUUGCGUUGGUCCUGUUGGGAAGGGCCCAGUACAUCAGUGAAGACUCUGACUAUGUAUUCAGCCAAAAUGAUAUCAAGGGUACCCUCUCUCAACCUAUUCUCGUAAACACUCCGCCGAGACCUUGGAUUGGUUUGGACCACGUCAACAAGGCUCCAAAACGGUCAAGGUACACGAUGCUGGAGAAGGCUAUCAAAAUUUACAACUAAUUCAUCCGAGAAGAGCAUCACAUUUAAGCAGCGUAGGAAUUGAUUAAUACCAAAAACAAAGAAAACUGAUUUCAGUAAACACAUGAUUAAUCUUGUUAUGGUUGGCGUCUCGGUUCACUUGAAAAACAGUAAAUAACGUUCUUCAAAAUAAGUUGGUUUUGUUUCUCCACUAUCUGCUGCCAUAGCAAUACUACUACUUCUAAACAUUUGUAAUGGAUCUUUCCUAAAGUUACUAAUUGCUUUGCAAUCGAAAUGGUAAUUAUUAUUAAAACAUUUUGUGACUGAUUUGAUGCCAACAUUUCCUUAAGUAAAUUCAAAAAUUGAAUGAAGUCGUUCCACCCAAACCAGUAGUUUCAAAUCCUCUAGGAGAUCAUGCUAAUUUAAUACAAUACCUGCCAGUCAUGCUGAUUUCCUAUUUUUACCUGCUUUGCUUCCCCAAGCAAACCGUGAUUGAUUUUUUUUAUUUUUUUUCGGUUAUCUUAAAGCUGGUUUUAUAAAUAAGCAACAUACGCGCAUAUAUAAAAUUGAAAUUUCAUUAGUUAUGAAUGCCUUGUUGUAUUUUGUAAAUAAAAAUGUGUGGGUAAAUGGA